UCACGCUAAAACGCGAACUGGAUAAAUACAAACAAUUUGGCUGUCCAACGUAAUUUAAAUUUUAACUUUUAUCAGCUACAAAACUGAAUAUCGAAAAUCCUGCAAAAAUGAACAUAAAUCUACCGAAUUUCAACGUUAAGAAUCUGGUGAAGGAGGCGGGCAGUACGAUAUCGCGAGUGGUGCAGCUCACCGAGGAAAAACUUGGCACCACAGAGCGCACCGAGUACGACGUGCACUUUCAGAAUCUCGCCGAGCGGGCGGAUGUGACCAAGACAUGGACGGAGAAGAUAGUGCGCGACACCGAAUCGGUACUGAUACCCAAUCCCCAGAAUCGGGUCGAGGACUUUAUCUUCGAGAAGAUCGAGAAGUCAAAGCCGAAGCGAUUGAGCAAUCUGGAACACCUGGCACUUGACAUGAUUGAGGCUGGCGGGGACUUCGGUCAGGAUUUGCCCUACGGCCAGGCGCUCAUCAAAGUCGGUCAGGCGGAGCAGAAGCUUGGACAGUGUGAGCACGACUUCAUAGCCACCUCAGGUAUUUGCUUCACACAGCCGCUGCGAAAGUUCCUCGAUGGCGAGAUGAAGACCAUCGGCAAGGAGCGUGGCAUCCUGGAGACCAAGCGUCUAGAUUUGGACGCCUGCAAGAACCGGGUGAAGAAGGCCCGCAGCAUGCUCGGUCAGCAAUCGAAAGAUGGCAUCUCGCCAGAGGCCGUUUUCGAACAGGCGGAGCGAGAUCUGCGGGUAGCCCAGGCCGAGUUCGACCGGCAGUCGGAGAUCACCAAGCUACUGCUGGACGGGAUCAGCACCUCCCAAGCCUCGCACUUGCGCCACUUGCACGCAUUCGUCCAGACGCAGGUGCGCUACUACAAGCAGUGCGGCGAUGUCAUGGAACAGCUCCAACGGGAGCUGGCCAACUUGGGAGGCCCCACACCAUACAUUCCACUCGACCUGAGCGAGGCCAGUGCCAGCAAGUCCAGCUCCGCGGUCGGAGCCGCUGCCCGCGGUACUGGAAACAAUCACUCCGCGAACGCGGUCACUUCCGGCCACAAGCCCAGUCAACCCAUGCACGUCAGCACGGAUCAGAUGCAGCGAGCACGCGUGCUUUGCUCCUACGAUGCCAAGGAUCACACUGAGCUAAAUUUAAAUGCAAACGAGGUGAUUUUUGUGGUUGAAUGCUCGCCCGUUAAUGAGGAUUACAUGUACGGCAAACAGGGUCUGAUGAAAGGACUUGUGCCACGGGCGUUUGUCGAAAUGCUCGACGAAGAGCACGACGUCACCCUUUAAGUCCAUCAAGUUCAGCAAUACUCAAUCAAUCAAUAAUCUCAGCAAGAAGAAUACUCCAAGUAAUGGUACAGCAAUACUCAUAUGUUUAGAAAGAAGGAAAGGCAAUUGGACAAUUAUAAGAUGCGGCCAAACUGGCAUUUGGCACUAGCAAGAGAGUACAAUAAUUUAUUAGAAUAUACAAACAUAAACAUAUACAAGGCAUAUACAUAUAUGGGCGUGUUAUUAAAUAAUGAUCGUAGUUUAGGCCUCGUUAUUCCUUAAGCCUUGAUCCUUGCCCAAACAGCUACGCUACUCACUUGCACAGAACACGCGCAUAGCUGAAAUUAAAAACAUAUACAUUUUAUGCUGCCUAAAUAACCUUCAGGAUAUAUUUAAAAAUUCACGAAAUUUUCAACUUAAUAAUUGUUAAUACUUAUUACAUAUCCAUGGAGAAAGUGUUUGAUUAAGCCUCUCAACAAAGUAUUAUAUUUGUGUUAUGUUUGUCUUUAUCUUAGUUAACAGGCAAAAAUCUUUGUGCUUUACUAUAAAUCCUAUAAUUAUAAAUUUUAAAGAGAUUGUUACUCCUAUUAUCUAUAUAUAUUCAGCGAAGGCGUUUCCAGUAUAAGCUAUUUAUUAUCAAAAGUAUUUACUCCUGCUGCAAUUAUUAUGUUAGUAAAUUUUUUCGUGCAAUUUUCAAAAGUCAAUUAAAAUAAUGUUGCUUGUUAGAUUUAAGGCAAAACCCAAAAACACCAAGGCAAAUUUACAGACAAAAAUUAAAAACGUACAAUAUUAAAAUUACCAAGUAAACAACGAUGAUUUUUAGGUUUUCAGAAAAAAAAACCGUUGUAAUAUGAAAAGCGGCUUGAAGCGGAUUUUUAAAACACAAACUAUAUUGAAUAAAUACAAAUAUAUGAUCGAAUUGAAAAAAUAA